GGAAAUUAGGCAAAAAGCGAAACAAGAAUUUCAAUACAUCAGACACAUGCUUGACCUUUCGGACAGAGAAGUUUUGUGGUCGUGCAACAAAUUUUGUCACAUUGUGACAUUGUCAUAUUUUCGUAUAGAUCUAUAUACAUAAUUCAGGAUAGAUCUAGAUCUAGCCAUAUAUUUAAGAUCUAUUCUAAUCUAGCUUGGUUGUUUUCACAGUAAUUCAGUAAUGUCUUACUGUAAGGAUUAUGGUAAAGACCAGGUGAUUUUUGCUACCAAAGAUCAACUCAAUGAGCCAUCCAAUGCAAUUAUCAACAUGGAAGAAGAUGAAGAAGAUCAUCCACCUGGUCUUAUUCUGCCCAAUGGAGACAUCAACUGGGAAUGUCCUUGUCUUGGAGGAAUGGCUAGUGGUCCAUGUGGUAUAGAAUUCAGGAAUGCCUUUUCAUGUUUCCACUAUAGUAAAGCAGAACCAAAAGGAUCAGACUGCUAUGAAGCUUUUCUGACAAUGCAAGAGUGUAUGAGUCAUUUUCCCGAAGUUUACCCCCCAGCAAAGGAAAGACCAGAAUCUGAUGAUCUCAAGCAGUUGACAGGGGAUAAUAAUGACCUUGGAGGUCUCGUUGAACUGGAAGAUGAUAGUAAUUUGAAAAGAGAUUCACAAAGUUCUUCCACAGAAUAGUUAUUUUUAAAAAUGUAUUUAUAUUGUAUAUAAUUGUAUGUGAUUUCAGAUUUAUAUGUUUUGAUUAGUUUUCAAGCUCCAUUGUUUUAGGUAUUCUCCUCUUUUUUUAGACAUAAAUUGUGAAUUUAUGUCUCAGUUGAUAGAACAAAUGUAUUUUCAGUUAGUGAUCAAUGACUUUUGAACUAUGUAAUAGUGAGCUGGGCUAAAAUAAAUAAUCCGUAAGCAUCAAAAUACUACCCUGUACCAUAAAAUGUCUAUAGAUAGUACUCAACAGCUACAUUUGAAAUAAACUGAAGGAUUUAAAUAUGACACUAUUUAUAGUUCCUAUUAUUUAAGCUUAAUUUCACUGUUGUAGAAACAAGAAUUAAACCAGUUGACUUGUAGGCCAUAUGUAAAUCCAUUGUUUAAGAAGUUUGCAAUUAUUUUUUACUGUAGUAUAAAAUAUUUCUCCAAACUAUACUUAAAUUUAAUUGAAUUAUUUAUUUGAAGCUUUAAAUAAAACACUCAUGUAAUUCUCUGUAGUGUUAGGAAAGAACUUAAAGAAUGGGGCUGUGUACAAGAAAUUGUACCGGUGUUUUAAUUUUUUUUUAAACGGCAUCCCCAACAUUGACAUUUAACAAAAUGUUUUUAAUAUCAUUUUAAUUUAUAUUUUGAAUUAUUUUGUUUAAUUUAAAACAAAUAAAAUGUUAUUCAUAAUA